ACGCACAAUAGCCACCAUUCAUCAACUCAUCAGAUUACUCAAAUUUAGUAAUCUCUAAGACUUAUGUCCUACCUACGAAUACAAGAUAAGCAAGUAAAAGUGCCAUAACAGCCAUAACUGUGAACAUAAACAAUCAGAGCAAUUCAUUUCGAGUUUCGGUAUCGCAUUGUGUAAGUGAAGUACAACCCAGUGGAUAUAACAAUAUCAAAAUGGUGACGAAAUCUGCAGCAAAUUUGAAUCAACUUCUAUCCCUCAUGACAGUGGCUUUCAACGAGCUAUCACUCGGUAUGACAAACGGCUGGAUAGCCCCAACGUUGAACAUGCUGCAAAAUCCAUCCAGCGAACUUCCGAUCACGAUGGAAGAAAGUUCUUGGAUCGCAUCUCUGGAAAAUUUCGGUACAAUACCAGCAGCUGUUUUGGCAGCUUUUGCACUCGACAUCAUCGGUAGAAAAUUUCUACUCACGUCGAUCUCUUUGAUAUUAUUUCUAAUGUGGGCUGUAAAAAUAUUCACUCGAUCAGUCCUCGUGCUUUGCCUGAUGCAGCUAUUAUUUGGCAUAUGUGUGGGUAUCAAUAACGCGACAAACUCUCUAUACCUGGCUGAAAUAAGUUCACCUUAUAUUCGAGGUGUAUUCGGAGCAGUCUGCGUAACUAGUUACUAUAUCGGAAUAUUCUUCGAAUUCAUCGUAGCCACCUAUUGCUCCUACACAUCCACCACAAUCAUAAACACGAUGGUGACAUUUUUUGCACUCGCGUCGGUGCUCUGGACCAAAGAACCGGUGCAAUUUUUACUAAUGAAAGGAAAAUAUACCCAGGCUGAGAAAAAUUUCGCCUGGUUACGAGGCUGCAACAUAGACAACGAAAAUAUUCAAAUGGAAUUCGAACGAAUCAAACAAAACGUACUAGCAGAAAAUCUAAAAAAAUCAUCCUUCAAGAAGACCAUCACAUCUCCAGCCAAUUACAAAAGUCUGUUCAUCAUGAUUACACUUUAUGCUCUGGUAGGGUUCACUGGAUUUUACCCAGUCAUGUCGUACGCUUCGAUGGCCUUUUCGUCUUCUGAUAUCUUGACUUCGAACGAAUUCACAAUUCUGUUCGGUUUGGGUCAGGCUUUGGCCAUCGUACCCAGUGCUUUAUUCAUCGGUCGUUUUAAUCGUCGAACUAUUAUUUUGAUCUCGCUUUCGUUGAUUGCUCUAAGCCACUCUGUGACAGCCACAUUUUAUUACGUAAACUCUAAUUUCGUUGCCAUUCCAUAUUUUCCUUGGCUUAUUUUCACUUCGAUUACUUUUUAUGCCAGCGUAUAUGCUUUUGUGUAUCCGGCCAUUUUCAUUAUACGAGGUGAACUAUUCCCUUUGAGCAUCAAGGCCACCGGAGGAUGUCUUUCUAUUGUUGCGUAUAAUAUGACAAACUUCUUCACUACAAAGGUAUUUCUUUAUAUUUCUUAUCAUUGGGGUAUCGAAGCUAACUUUCUUCUGUUUUGUUUCAUGACUUUGAUAUCAACAUUAUUUGUGUAUUUCUUUUUACCUGAGACUAAAAAUAAGUCUUUGAUUGAGAUACAAGAAAUGCUCGAGAAAACUAAGUAAA